AUGCGUUCCGCAUUCGUCCUUCCAUUCUUUCUCUUGGGAACAAGCAUUCUCGCUGCUCCUACGUCUUUGAGUCAGUUCGCCCGUGGAACCUUGAAACACUACUACAGAGACUUACGACCAAAUUCAUUCCUUACGAGCAUCGGAUCUGGGAUUACUGUCGUUGUCCAAACAGCAAAUGGACUUGGUCGUGAUAUCUCAGAGUUGACGGACGAGCAGCUCGUAGCUUACCAAAAGGGCGAAUAUGCGAACAAACUGCUCUACAUCGCGACCCUGGCGUUUGCGAAGCUAUCCAUAAUCUCGUUGCUGAUGAUUUUGACAGCUUCGAAACUACAUCGCAACAUUGGCCUCGGGAUGCUAGGCUUUAUCGCGCUCUGGGGCGUCAUUUCAGAGUUUGCUACGGCCUUCCAGUGCGGUGAGUUGGAGCCAUGGCGCUUCAUUGAUCAGGAUAGUUGCCUUGAUUUGACAGCUUUCUGGCGAGGCACUGGCAUUCUCAACAUGCUGACCGACCUUGCACUGAUUGUGUACCCUAUACACGUCAUUAUCAUGCUGCAAAUGAGCAUGACCAAAAAGAUCACGAUCCUCACCCUUUUUGGUGCACGAUCAUUAGAUAUUGUCGCCAACGCCAUCCAAAUGGCAUACACAUACGGCUUCAGCUCACCAAAUCCGACAAGACAUCUCUGGGAGUGGACGCUCCUUACUCAGGUCAUUGAAUGCACCACAAUUAUUACAUCAUGUGUUCCUUACCUGCGGCCACUCCUUGAAUCUCUCCCAUCUGGCCUUUACGGAACAGACGAGAUCCGUCGUCGCGGCACACCGUCUGAACUGGGUUAUCCGCGAAGCAAAAGUGGGUCCUACCAGCUCAGUGCGGCACAUACCAAAACUGAGGAGACAAAACACAGCAGGAAGAGCCAACCAGACUGUGCCAUUAGGCGGUUUUUACCAAUGCUCUCGCAGGACAAGACAACUCACUCGAACUCAGCAUAUGGCUUGCCUGGAGGACCGAAACGUUCUGAAGGACAGAUAGAUGUCGAGAUCACGGCAUUGACCCGUCGUGCGGGGGAGGAUAGGAGGUGGGAGACUGGCAGUACGGGAAGUCAAUCGAAAAUCUUGAAAACAACAGUCGUAACCGCGGAAUGGGAGGAGGCAGGACGAAAGAGUAAAGACGUUUGGGGUGACGAGAUAGAGAUCUUGCGAUGA